CUUGAUUUCAUUACAAUUAUUUUCGUGAUUGUGUGCGGACGUUUGAUUUUUCAUAGCGCUCGUUGUGCGGUAAAAAGUAACGGAAAUUAGUUUAAUAAAGAAAGGGGAAAAAUUGAAAGGUAUAAUAAUUAUUAAAGUAAAGCUAUAAAAUUUUGAAAAAUAUUUGUAUAUCACGUUUUAAAACUACUGCGGUAGCAAACAGAUUUUUCUGCUAUCCACCCACACCUGGCGGCAUUUGAUACUCAAAGUCAUAAUUUUGUGCGCGUAUUUGUAUUUUUAAAUAUUUCUGUAUCCUUAUUCUAUUUUUGUCGAAAAUCGGUUUUCACAAGUGUUCGUCAUUUUGUCAGUGACAUUGUGUGUGUGUUUACACUGCUGUCCUUUUUAUCCUGUCAUUCGUAUUCCGACUUGAUAAGGGUGUGUACUUGAUGACCUACCCGUUGAAAAAAGUAUUUGAAGUGAAAUAUAAAAUAAACAAGUGAAACAUUCGUGUACACCUGCAACUGCAGCGUUAACAUAAAGUGCAAGGUAAAAACUAUUGGAAAAUACGCCCUGUGCAAGUGAGGAACCGAGUUUUCAAUUUUUUAACGCACAAAAAGCAUAAUUUUCACAAAAAUGUCGGUAUCAUCAAAUGCAUCAUCUGCAUCGUCAUCUGUAACUGGUGUGCCCAUCAGCAAUGGCAGUGGAAGUAGACCAUCGCUGGGACGACCGGGCAGCUGUGAUUCGUCCUCCGCAGGCAGCGACUCGUCUGAACUAACACAUAUUCUGAAUCGCAGACAAGUAAUUAUGGAUUCGCAGGAAGCUGGCAUUGAAGUGCCACAUCAAUUCAAAGUAGUUAAUGUAUAUACGGAAUUCCACGAAUUCUCAAGGAAACAAAUUAAGGAUUAUCAAAAAACCUUUAACAAAUAUGACGUUGGUCAUGACGGCUAUUUGGAUCUGACCGAAUUGAAAUUCAUGAUGGAAAAAUUAGGCGCACCACAAACCCAUUUGGGUCUCAAGCAAAUGAUCGCCGAAGUCGAUGAGGAUCACGAUGGUAAAAUUUCGUUCCGCGAAUUCUUAUUGAUCUACCGCAAGGCACAAGCCGGUGAGCUCGACAACGAUUCCGGACUCAAUCAAUUGGCGCGUCUAACCGAAAUCAAUGUCGAGGAGGUUGGCGUGACCGGCGCGAAAAAUUUCUUCGAAGCCAAAAUCGAACAACAACUGCGAUCGAAUAAGUUCCACGAUGAGAUCCGACAGGAGCAGGAGGAGCGGCGUCGCGAGGAAGAGGAACGUGCCAAUAGACGUUUACAAUUCCAACAGCGUGCAGCGAUCUUCCAGUAAAAACGAACGCCAUUGCUUUGCACUGUAUUGUGGAGCGGGAAGCGUAAGGGGGGAACAAUUGGGAAACUUUUAAGAUUUAUCGUCAUCAUCAACACUUUGUAGUUUUUAAGAAAAUGAUCAUUUAGGAGCAUCAACGCAACGUAUUGACUGGGUGGAUAGAUGUUUCAUCGGGAUAGUAGUAGUCUGUAGUCAGUGUCAGGGGAAGAAGAGAAGGAGGAGGAGGCGUAUGAACCACUCACACACAUCGCAUAUCGCAUAAAUAUUUGAUAAGUAACACACACAAUUAAUACUACAACUACAAUUACAACUAAAUAUGAAGCAUUUUUAUGUGCAGCAAGCUUAAAAGUGCGCCAGCAAAUCAUAAAAGAAGCAAAAACAACUGAACAAAAGUUCAUCUAAACAUAUAUACUAAAGUGCAUAAAUACUUUCAAUUUAACAAGUAUUGAUACCAAAUCACUUGUGCGCUUACACAUACAUACAGGUAUAUGAAGAGCGCCAAUUUUAGUUUUUAGUUUCUUUUAAGUCUUCGCGCGAAUCUUAAUUGCUUUGCUUGAGUGUGAGGUGUCAAGCUAAGAAGUGCAAUUUAUUUUAUUUUAUUUUUUUUGCAGAAUUUACAGUUUUGUGUAAUUUUUCGACUUAAUUCCUUAAUGGAAUUGAAAAAAAAAUUAUUAAAAUUACUUCAAUUUUUUGCAAAAUUUUUUAAACUUGUCAAUUUGCUUUUAAAAAAAAGAAGCAAAUUUUUUUAUUAAAAAAAAUAAAUACUAAAAUUUGAAAUAAAAUAUUUUAAAGACAAUUUUUAAUAAAAAUUUUGGUUUCGAAGAAAAAAAUUACAUAUAUUUUUUUAUUUUCCACAAAACCUAAAUUUUUAUUAAAAUUUGUCUUUAAAAUAUUAUAUUUAAAAUUUUAGUAUUUAAUUUUUUAAUGAAAAAAGUUGAUUUUUUGUUUUAAAUAACUUAAAUUUCUUUUUUGAAAAUUUUUUUCAAACCUUUCACAUAUGCUUAUUUUUAUAUUUUUUUCGAAUUUUAAAAUUAUUUUUUGUUGACUUUAAAACAUUUGUUUUAAAUUUUUAAUAUUCAAAUUUUUAUUUUUUAUUUAAAAAAGUGUUUUAAUAUUCAUAUUUUAAAAAAGUGUUAAAAAUAUUUUUCUUACGAUCUUACUUCAAAACGUUUAAAAAAAAUUUGUAAUAAAUAUUUGUAUCUUGUUUAUUUAUUAAAAUUUGUAUUUAAGCAUUAUAUUUAAAAUUUUCAUAUUUCAAUAUUUUUUUUUUUAAUGUUCUAAGAGUUGAAAGUUUUAAUUUUAAAGGAUUUUUUAACUAUGUAUUUUUUUUUUAUAAAAAGUGUUGUUGGAUGUUUUUUUAACUAUGUAAUUUUUUUUCUAUAUAAAAAGUUUUGUUGGAUGUUUUAUCGAAAUAAUAUUUACUUUUUAAUUAAACUUUUUUUUAUUAAUUUUUUAGACUGCAAAUUUAGAUUAAUUUUUGCUUCUUUUUUUGUAUUUUUUUCAAUGCAUUUAAUUCAUUUUUUUAUCAAUUAAUUUCAUUUAUUAAUUUUUUUUAUUUUUUAAUAAUUCAAAAAAUUAAUUGUUUCAAGAACAAAAGUCGUUGUAUUUACAAAAAAAAAAUAAUUUUAAAUGCACUUUUAUAAUUUUUCCAAACACUUCAGCAAAGCAAUUGACAAUCAUGCAAAUCACUUUAGUUUUUUAUACGAUAUAUGCAUUACUUUGCAAAAAACAAUUUUUUGCUUUUGUUUGUGUUGUUUUCUUAAUAUAAAGCAAAAUCUCAAAAUCUAUUUUUUUUUUUUUU